GUGCAAGAUGCCUUCAUGACUUACACAGUGUAUGAUGACAUCAUCACCAUUAAGCUCAUCCAAGAGGCCUGCAAGAUCCUGGGUGUCUCCAUGGAAGCCAUUCUGAAACUCUUUGGAGAAUACUUCUUUAAAUUCUGUAAGAAGUCUGGCUAUGACAGGAUGUUACGAACACUGGGAGGCGAUCUCACGGAGUUUAUUGAAAAUCUAGAUGCCCUCCACAGUUACCUUGCACUUUCUUAUCGGGAGAUGAAUGCACCAUCGUUUCGUUUGGAGAAAGGAGCAGACGAGAAAAUGCUUCUCCAUUACUACUCUGACAGAAGUGGUCUGUGCCACAUUGUACCAGGUAUCAUUGAAGCUGUGGCCAAAGACUUCUUCAACAUUGAGGUGUCCAUGGAUAUACUUGACAUGAAUAAGGAAGCGGAGAGGACAGGGAAGAUGGAGCACGUUGUGUUUCUGAUUGUGCAGAAGCCUCACAGACAGAUAAGAAGAGCAAAGCCAAAUAGGUUACAAGAUGGUCAGGACAUCCAGAGAGACCAAGAGGCCCUCCAGGCAGCUUUCCUAAGGAUGAAGGAGAAAUAUUUGAGUAUCUCUGUUUGCCCUGUGAAGAAAUCUCGCUGGGAAGUUGUGAGAAGUAUAGUCAUGUUUGGAAAAGGGCAUCUCCUGAACACCUUUGUGCCGCUUUAUCCCGAGCAGCUCUGGAUUGAAGUGAAGACAUUCUGCAAUGCUUUUCCUUUCCACGUCGUAUUUGAUGAAUCACUGAGGGUCAAGCAAAUGGGAGUGAAUAUUCAGAAGUAUGUCCCAGGACUCCAAACACAGAAGAUUCGAUUAGAUGAAUAUUUCUCCAUCAUUCAUCCUCAAGUUACCUUCAACAUUUCCAGCAUCUGCAAAUUUAUCAACAGUCAAUUUGUCCUGAAGGCACGGAGAGAAAUGAUGCCUGAAGCAUGGAAACGUCAACCCACGCUCAAACUCCGAGGCCAGAUGAUCUGGAUGGAGUCCGUGCGGUGCAUGAUAUACCUGUGCUCCCCGAAGCUCCGCAGCCUGCAGGAGCUGGAGGAACGCCAGAUGCAUCUUUCUGACCUCGCCCCCCACGACACCACCAGGGAUCUCAUCCUGCUGAACCAGCAGCGACUGGCUGAGAUGGAGCUGUCCACCCAGUUGGAGAGGAAGAAGGAAGAGCUGCGGGUCCUCUCUAAACACUUGGCCAUAGAAAAGAAGAAAACAGAGACCUUGCUUUAUGCCAUGCUACCCGAACAUGUGGCCAACCAGCUGAAGGAAGGCAAAAAGGUGGAUGCAGGAGAAUUUAAAACCUGCACAAUCCUCUUUAGCGAUGUGGUGACAUUUACGAACAUCUGUGCUGCCUGUGAACCUAUCCAAAUAGUGAAUAUGCUGAACUCAAUGUACUCCAAGUUUGACAGAUUAACUAGUGUCCACGAAGUCUACAAAGUGGAAACAAUAGGAGAUGCUUAUAUGGUGGUUGGGGGUGUUCCGGUACCUAUUGGAAGCCAUGCUCAAAGAGUGGCUAAUUUUGCUUUGGGGAUGAGAAUUUCUGCAAAAGAAGUGAUGAAUCCUGUUACUGGGGAGUCCAUCCAGAUCAGAGUAGGGAUUCAUACUGGACCGGUCUUAGCAGGUGUCGUGGGGGACAAGAUGCCACGGUACUGCUUGUUUGGUGACACUGUGAACACAGCUUCUAGGAUGGAAAGUCAUGGGCUUCCCGACAAAGUGCACCUCAGCCCCACAGCCUACAGAGCCCUGGAAAAUCAAGGGUUUGAAAUAAUUAAGAGAGGUGAAAUCCAAGUGAAAGGAAAAGGGAAAAUGACCACAUACUUUCUGAUCCAGAACUUGAAUGCCUCAGAGGAUGAGAUCAUGGGGAGACCUCAAACUCUGCUUGAUCACAAAGGGACUUGCUCCUCCUUCUUCCAGGUGGUGAAUGCAUUAAACACACUAAUGUCCUGUGGCCUCCCCAGCAGUGAUGCCGCCCAGUGGGCGCUCCUGUCUGUCCAGUCCUUCGCGAUGGGUGCCUGA